CUUCCUACAUCUCAAGUAGAGUAUACACAGCACCAACGAACUUUACGUCUGUCGGUCCCCCGAUUUGUAUAUCGCCGCGGCUGCCCUCCUUUCCAUGGAAACUUAGCUUUGAGAGAUCAGCCACUAAACCGCGACUUACGUAGGGACCGCCAUCGACGUAUUGAAGAUCUCCAGGGCUGCUGUUUCGGUUUCGUGUAUGUUGGUGGACAAAGAUCAGGCAGCCAUUUAUUUUCCCUAUCAACCUGCUACCCACGACCGUGAAUAACCUCGAAAUUGUCCUGCACCGCCUCAAUCGGCCGACGACUGCGUUUCAUCUAUUCAUCUGUCGCAUAGUUGGAGCUUCGUCGCAUAACUCAAAACACGGCGUCAUUCCACGACCAGCUCCGGGAACAUCGAGUGCCUCAACUCCUCACAUGGUCCUACGUGCUCAUUCCUAUAUUUCCAUAGCAGUGAAGCCAUGGCAGAAGUCGCUUCUCUGUCUCCGCAGCAGCGAAAGGCGCUUUUUGACAUCCUCACCCACCGCGAGACCUACAAGGAAAUUGAAGAUUUCAAGACCCCAGGUGCCAUUCAAAAUUAUGGCCCACCUUUCCAAAACCAAUCCACCCCUUGCAACUCACCGAUACUCCAAUCACUCCUGUCCAAGUUCAUAUUAAUCUUGCCCGGUCUGAGAGAUGUGCCUACGUCAUUCUGGACUGAACAGGUGCAGAGCAUCAUCCAGGAGUUGGCCGAGGCCGAAUUGAGUGAGAGCUACGACAAAGGCAUGGUGGGCAUCCGUAAAACCUUAGCCACUGCCAUCGCCGCCUUGAUAGAAUAUCCGGCGCGUGCGUCGAUGGGUGGCUUCUCCAAAGACGAUACACAUUCACAGACCAGCUGGAGCCCAUCAAACCCACAAGAUGUCCUUGAGUCCUGGCAAGCAGGAGGACAAGAGAUCGUCUAUGGCGAUCUUCUGGAUCGACUAUUCGACAAAGUGGCAGAGACCAAUGAUCUGACAGCUCAUGAACCCAUGGUGCAGUGCUUGCAUGAGUUCCUUCUCGUGAAUAUCGCGUCGAUAAUGCAUUACACCUUGAUCCUUUCACCUGAAGGCCCUACUAUUGUGCGAAUGGCGGAGGGUGUGCACCGACUAAUUCCUUACGCGAUCGUCCGUCAGACUCUCAAGAUUGGAAAUGUGGCAACUAUGCUGAGUGCCAUGAUGCGAGUCAUUUUGGCCAAAGUCAGUGUUGCCAGUGUUACCAACUGGAUUGGUCUCAGCUCGGGCGCCAAUGAGGGCAUGAAUCUGAUGCAGCAAAUCAUGAACCAAGUACUGAACUGGGAUAAACGAGAGUUCAAGCGUCGCGCAGACAAAAUCGAAAAGACCAAGGACGCACCUCCCAAAGCAGUUCUGGCAGAGCUACGGUCAUGGAUCGAUCGCCCUCGAGCCGAGCACGAAGAGUGCCGCAGGAGGAGUCAAGAACAGGGCAUGUCCAUUGUUGCCGUCAUCCUUGCAUUGUCUCCCAACAAUGCAGAACUCUCAGAUCAGCAGCAUGAACAGGCGGCGGAAUAUCUCGCACUCCACUUGGCUGUUCGGGACAGACAGGAAAUUGUCAGAGUGCUCUGCCAGCGCCAUCCUGAUCUACUCUCCGCUGCUGUGAAGGCUGGAGUGGAUGCAUAUACACCGAUGAUUCGUCAUGUGCAUCAAGCGGUGGAUUUGAGCGAUUCCAUGUGGGAUUCCGAGCGAUUCAUCACGGAUAUGCUCAAGGUAGCCAAGCCUACAGGAUCACCAGGAAAUCUCAAGCAACCUGAUGUCGAAGAUUUCGUCGACUUGCUCCAUCGGCAUCAAGGAAGCCUCCACAAGUUCUUACACCAAGUCGCAAAGAAUGGCAAGGAGAUCACAGCGUGGUUCCGAGAGUGGGCUGGCGCAGCACUCGCGCAAUUCCGCAAUGACCAGAAACCUCCAGAGACCAAGUCCGUUAUCUCGGGCGAGAUGAUCCAUGGCGGAAUCGACCGCGCACUAUCCAGUGCUUAUGCAGAACUUUCCGAAGACGAUCGCAAAGCGGUCGUAGCUGAGCUCGAUGCUCACUCACGCUACAUUGACGAGCUACACGCCGCCUCCGCUGCGCGCAUUAGCGAUGUCAUCAAACGGACACGAUCAGCACCAUUUGGUCCGGGUGCGUAUCUCGCGCGAUGGCAGCAGCUUAUGGACAACGCUCCCAUCACCCCUGCGACGGCCAAUGGCCCUGUCAGGCACGGGUUCAACGAGAGUGUCAAAAACGAAGCUCGCAAAACCGCCAGUGGGGAGAAGAUUGACGUGCCAGCAGACACCACCACAAAGUCCGCCAGUAAUGCACUCCCGGCUCCUCCUAGCUCUGAGCAUACCCUGCGAUUAUUAGCGGACAAGUUCCGCUCGCUGUUGACGACAACUUCGUGAGAAAAUUUGCAGAAAACGCAGGAGAAUCUGCAGGAGCGAACGUGGUUGACAUGUUGGCCAAACCACCCUAUUAUCCCAAGGAUGAUGAUGAGAGUGAAAGACGGGCUGGCUCGCUUAGACAACAGUAGGUGUGGCUGAUUAUCCCACACGCCGUACAGUUAGAGAUAAGGCUAGUGGAUGGUUAUCCUGAUGAGGUAUCAAUGUUUCUCUCCCCAGCUCCAUAUAGCGUCACUCACAGUCUUAGCUCGGAAUGAUCCGAAUGACGCUCCUCGACCCAGGACCACGAACGACCCACUAUGUACCUCAUAUUCAGUGUAGGCCUCACCCAACAUAUCAGAUACUGUAAUCUUAGCCGACC